CAAAGUCGGGCCGGAUUUUUUGCUCGGAGACUCGUGCGGAAGUCUUGUGCCCCGAGGUAUCCGACUUGACGUCACUAUCCAACUACGGCGUCCUCCCUUGCAACAACACAAGAGGCGAAUUUCACUGUCAUAAAUAGGCAAGGUCGGGAUUUAAAGUCGGGUCCUCCGAACGGCAUGAAGGCGCAGACUGUUUCAUCAUAGUAUGUUUUCCGACUGCUGGGAGGGAAAUGCUGCUUCGUCUCUGAAUAAUCUGGCUCGACAGGAUUCAGUUCUACCAAGGAAGGAUCCUUGAGGAUCAUGAACUUUGAGAAACAGCCUACCUCGUUGCUAACUGAACGGAACUCUACGGAAGCUCGUUGGAUCAGAAUGCGACACCCGGAAGAGGAUGAGCAAAAUUAUUAAGCGGCAGUUACCAAAGAAGUUACCUAAACACUUGGUGGAUGUUGUAACUGUCUGUCCAUCACGAUCUGUCUGAGAUAGACCUAAAAAAUCGAAAACUGGGAUUUCAAAGCUGCUGUCAAGUUAAUUAGCAGCGACCAGUGUUCCAUAAUUUGGGUCUUUUUCCGCGAAUGUUAUCGUUAGCAAAGUGUCUGCGUUAGCCACCAAGGUCACUGGAUUGGGUGAACACGUGCGAUUUUGCCACAGUGAUUACGUUUCUUGUCACCUUGAUUGGUCGCAAAAAUGGCUGGAUUGAUUAAUUUUGAAGACGAACAAGAAGUGAAGCAGUUCCUGGAUAAUUUGGGAGUUGAAUUCAGCUAUCAAUGUUACCGCGAGAAGGACCCUGAAGGUUGUCAGCGACUUGCGGAUUAUCUGGAAGGAGUCAAGAGAAACUACGAAUCAACUGCACAGGUUCUCAAGCAUAACUGCGAGACAAACGGACACGGGGAGAGCUGCUACAAACUUGGGGCUUAUUACGUUGCUGGCAAAGGUGGAUUGACUCAGUGCCUCAAGACGGCCUACUCAUGUUUCCUGCGCUCCUGCAAAGCUGGUGGGAAGAAGUCAGUAGACGCCUGCCAUAAUGUGGGACUGCUGGCCCAUGAUGGGCGGUCCAUGGAGGGUGGCCCAGAUGCAGGGAUAGCCCGGGAGUACUACGAGAAGGCCUGUACUGGGGGCUUUGCUCCCAGCUGCUUCAAUCUGAGUGCACUCUACAUUCAGGGCUCCCCAGGGUUAGAGAAGAAUAUGCCACUGGCACUGCAGUACUCCAUGCGUGCAUGUGAGCUAGGACAUGUUUGGGGAUGCUCAAAUGCUAGCCGCAUGUACAAACUUGGGGAUGGGACACCCAAAGAUGACCAAAAAGCAGAAGACCUGAAAAAUAGGGCCAAGGAACUUCAUGGACAGCAGAAAGAGCGACAGUUGAAAUUUGGAGAAUGAAGGAAGUCUGAAACUUUACCUCAAGUGGCCGAGCAGCUGUUUUAGUGAAAACAGUGUUUAUUCUUUGUGGAAUCUGUAGGGCAGUGAAAUAACUGUGAUUGUCAGUGGGGACAGAGCUGUACAGACUGUUGUUUUGGGAGAAAAAGUGGUGCCAUAAACUUUAUCUUGAUUGCCAUUCCAACCAGUGCUAUGCAAUGCAGGAAAACUGUGUUUUUAUUUUCAAGUAAAGUUUUCUUUCAAUCACUCUGAAAAAUAUUCAUUAAAAUGGACAGUCAUGCUUGUGAUAUUCAA